AUGGAAGAGAUUCGAGCAGCACAAAAGGCUGGGAUUGUCAUAGGUCUUUCAAAGGCCGGAGGUUUCCUGCCUCGGAUUGAUAUUGACCAAAUGAUUGUCAAUCAGCCCGACACCUUCAAUCUGUUUUGUCUCGCCAUGGUUGAACUCAAGUCAGCACCUCCAUCAGACUGGAUGGGCUACUAUCAGAUUGCCGGCAUCCAUGGACUUCCAACCCAGGUCUGGGACAAUGAGACUGGGGUCGAUAAGAAGGGACAGGCCUCAAAUGGCCAAGGUUAUUGUCCCCACGGGGAUGAGAAAUUCCCCACUUGGCACCGUCCUUAUAUUGCAAUGCUUGAGCAGACUGUCUACCUGAAGAUGCUUGACAUCGCCGAGCAGUUUCCUGCCUCGGUCCGGGAUACCUACGUCAAGGCGGCUGAGGCCUUUCGUUUCCCCUACUGGGAUUGGCACCGUCCCCGUGGACUCGAAGCGUCAUUUCCCGGUGUCACUCAAGAGGACAACACGACCAUGUCGCCCUACGACUUCAAGGUGCCCAGAGUCUUCACAGAGCGUUAUAUCAUGGUCAAGCAACAGUCGGACAAUCAGCUUGUCCAGAUCAACAACCCUUUUGCCUACUUUGAGUUUCCAAGGGGCGGCAUGAGUGGCACUGAUUUUGACAUCCGCAAGGACCUUGCCCGUGAUCGGACCAAGCGCUAUCCCGUCUUCUCAAACGAGAGCCUAGCUGUACAAGCUCUGAAUCUGACUCUCAACAUGGCGCGAGAGUCUAAAGUCCAGAAUAUUGUUGACAUGAUCACUGGUCCCGGUUACGACACGUUUGCUGCUUUUGGGUGGACCAAACCCCCCACAGAUACUCGGAAAAGAUAUGAAGAUAUCCAACCUUCAGGAUCCCUUGAGUGUAUCCACGGUAGCUACCAUGUUUGUUCUGGUGGGACCCAGGGACACAUGUCAGAAGUCCUGCUCGCUGCAUUUGAUCCCAUCUUCUGGUUCCAUCAUUGUAAUGUCGACAGACUGUUCGCCGUGUGGCAGUCUAUAUAUCCCGACUCAUGGAUGCAAAAUGAGAAUGUUGAUCUUCUGCCGUUCCGUGCCCCUGCGACCAACGGCUCAUCAAAGUACUGGACUUCUCAAACCGCCAGGACUACCGAGAGAUUCGGUUACGUUUACAGCGAUGCCCAAGGCGCGGCGAAGGAUGUGCAGCAGCAAUUCAAGAACCGCUACGGCUGGUCCCUGCGGGGCGCAAAUGCUUCCGGGAAGCCCCCGUCAGACAUGGCACCGCUUAACGAAAAGGUUGAUGCAGCACAAGUAUUCCAAUUCCAGUAUCAUACACUUCCAGCUUCCAUCUCCAAGACUUUGACAUUGAUUCCGGAUCAGAUCGCCCAGCAGAGGACGCUCAUCCAGGCGGACCACGAUAUGCCCAUGGGAACUGCCCCUAAUAUAGACGAGUCCAAGGUCGAUCGUCAAUGGUACAUAGACAGCGUCGUUCAGAGACUCGCUCUCAAUGGUACCUUUACAAUCUAUUUCUUCAUUGGAGGUGUCCCAGGCAAUGAUGUCGCGCCGGCGCAUUAUUGCCUGUGUCCCACCCUCGCAGGCGACAUGCACAUCUUUGCGGCACCCGUCGAGGCCUGCGACAACUGCGGACAACACCGCGACGCUGCGCAGCUGGAGAGCGGCACCGUUCCAAUCAACCCGAUCCUGUUGGACUACAAGAUCACUGGUCAUCUCACAGACCUGUCGCCAGACCGCGUUCGGCCGUUUUUACUUGAUAACCUUCGCUGGAGGGUAGUCAAUGGAGCCGGGAAUCUUGUUGACCCGCGACAUGUUACAGAUUUCCAGAUUGGGGUCACUUCCAAGGCGACUGCGCUUGAUGGCAGUGGCCAAAUUACGGUGGAGGAUCAUGCUCAAGUGAUCCAGCAGAUCAUUGAACAAUCUCCUUAG